UCGUACCACGCCUCCGGCCCCUCCCCCUCUCCAAUAUGGCGGCGCCCAGCAGAGCCGAGGCCGCGGUGGCGGCGACGGCGGCGGCGGCCACGGUGGAAGUACUAGCUGGGGCCGUCUGAGAGGGGUCUCCUCGCCUUUCCUCCGCCUCCCUCCCCGCCCAUCCCCCCCGCCUCCCGCGAGGUCGCGAACCCGGAGGAAGGGGGCCGGGCGGGGACAGGAGCCUCUCUGCGGCCGCCUCGCGCUCGGCUACCCUUCCCUUCCCAGCCUCGGGGCCCGGGGACCCCCCGCCUUCCCUCUCGCCGAGUCGCCCCGGGCCCCGGCCCUCCCCGAUCCUCCCCACCUCCCGCCUGUUUUUGCGAGUCCUGCCUGCCUGGGGCUCCCCCCAGCGCCCCCGAGGUCACGACAUUGCUCCCCCGGCCCCAACAACGACCUUCGGGGGCGCCCCUGGCCAGCCAUGGAGGCGGUGUACCUGGUGUUGAACGGGAUCAGUCUGGCCUUGGACGUACUGAGCUUUGUGCUGGACCUCAACUUCCUCCUUGUAUCCUCCCUGCUGGCAGCCCUGACCUGGAUGGUGACCUUCAUCUACAACCUCCCGCACACUGUCCUGGCCAGCCUCCUGCACCUGGGCCGAGGGGCGCUGCUUUCCCUCGUGGCUGCCGUGGAGGGCCUGACCCGCCUGUUUCUGGGGAGCCUACAGGCAGUGGGAGUCCUGCUUCGGGGCUGUUGCCCGGGCCUGGAGAGCCUGAAGGUGGUGGGGCACCUAGCCUUGCACGUGGCCACGAGGGGCCGGGAACUAGUCCAUCGGGGCGUCCUGAGCAUGGUCUCCUCCAGCCAUGCCCUGCUGCGACAGGCCUGUGAUGUCUGUGCCAUCGCCAUGAGCUUGGCUGCAUAUGUGGUCAACAGUCUGGUCAACAUCUGUCUAAUUGGGACUCAGAACCUCUUUGCCCUUGGACUGGCCCUCUGGGACUCAGUGAUGGGUCCACUGUGUAGGGUGACUGAUGUGUUAGGAGCCUUUUUUGCCCAUGUGUCUAGCAGUGCUGUUGCCAUGGCAAUUCUCCUCUGGACCCCCUGCCAGUUGGUACUGGAGUUAAUAGCCUCUGCCAUGCGUUUUCUCGCUGGUUUCAUGCUAGCUAAUCUCUUUGGCUUGGUAUUGCUGGUGAUAGUAUUGGCAGUGACCAUAACCAUCCUGCACCCAACUCUUGCCAUUCGGCUGGCAGUCCGGGCAACUGAACAGCUUCAUGCCCUGCCUUCUUACCACCGGGUCCGUGGGGAUGUGGUACGACUUUAUCGCUUGGCACUGGGUUCAGAGUCUUGGCGUAGGGUACGGAGCCGGAGCCUGCAGCUGGCAAGCUGGCCCACUGGAGGAGGAGCCCCUGGGGCUCCCCAAGGUGGACCAAGGAGGGGGCCAUCUGUCAGAAUCCGGGGACAUGAACAGCCUCCUGACCCAUUACCUAGACUUCUGUUUCGGCCAGAGGAAGGGGCAGGGUCAGGAGCAGCUCGAGUGGCAGCUGUCAGGGGCCGGGAAAGACUCAAUGAGGAGGAGCCUCUGGCAGGGCAUGACCCAUGGCAGCUACUGAAGGAACAAGAGGAAAGAAAGAAAUGUGUCAUCUGUCAGGACCAAAGCAAAACUGUGCUUUUGCUACCAUGUCGGCACCUCUGCCUGUGCCAAGCCUGCACAGAGAUUCUGCUACGCCAGCCAGCCUAUCAGCGAAAUUGCCCACUGUGCCGCCAGGGUAUCCUGCAGACCCUCAAUGUCUACCUCUGAGGGCUCUGUGCCCAUCCCUGCUCCCCUUACCAUGGUUUUUUCCCUUGGGAAUUCAUUCUGCCUUUCCCACUGCCCUUCUCUGAUCAGGUGGGUACCCCUAUAGCCCUACUGAUCCAGAGGCCAUUUGGGCUCACAUUCCAAGCCUUUGAAGCCAUAAGGACACAAAGAUUCCCCCUUCACCUUAGGCUAAUGGGAAUAGAGAAGCAGUUAGUCCAGCUAGGCCAGGGAGAAGGGGUUUGGUGGGGAAUGAUGGCAUAGAUUAUGCCUUCUAAGAUCAGGAAAUUUGAGGGGUGGUGAGGACUGGAGCAUCUAUAUCACCUAUGCAAGUGUUCCCGAGACUACAACCCUCAAGGCUCCUGCCCAGAUGCCAGCCUUUGUGAUGGGGCCAAAGAGGCCCUGACCUUCUGGUUUUCCCUUUUAGGCCUGUUAUCUUGGCCUAUCUUACUCCCCCCUGCCUAGGUCCUCCUGCCAGAGCAGAUCUGCUUGCUACUUACCUGGCAGCUGAAAGUCAUUGGGAAGAUCUUUGACUUUUGUAGGUCUUUGACCUAUGUUAUCAACCAAUUUCCUGCCUUCCUGGAGAUUCAAGAGUGGGGAAAUAUGGGGUGGUUUUUCAUUUGCUCUCUAUGGCAGAGAGUUGUCCCUGCUCUCUCAGUAAGGCCUCUUCAAUGUACAAAAGCUAACUUGAGACCAAUGAUCCUCUGGGGAAGGAGAAAGGAUGAGGAUAAUCCUAGAUUCCUUAGGUGUGUGUCUUUUGGUCCCUCUUGCACCCCAUCCCCAUUGGGAGUCCAGAGGGGAGCAGUCAGAGCUCCUAUGUCCCCAUGCCCAUUCCCUUAACUCCACUUAUGAAAAUGACAUUCCCACACUAGUCCUCUCUCUCCUUUCUGGGGAGCACAGGUUGCACAUUCCACUUGAGUUCUGGGUCCAGGCACUUCAGGAGGGAGGGGCUGAUAGCAUAUUCCCUGAACAUUUACACUGUUACAGUUUAUUUGUGAAUAAAGUUUGUUCCACAGCC